GCGAGAGAGAGAGAGAGAGCUGUCAAGUCUGUUUACAUUUCUGCAUAAGCACUGUUUGAACUGGUAGGAGAUUUAUUCACCAAUGGCAAUUGCGCUCAACGGACAAGGAAGGCUAUAAACUCGCAUGUGCACUUACCAUUUAAAACGACGCGGAUAUGUCUACAGUCAUGAUUUUUAUGCACUGGUGAAACGUAAUUUUUGUAUUAUCGUAGAUUAUCCAAAAGAACAAAGGAUAGUGAUAUAGUGUCAGAUCAGUGAACGCCAUAUUUAUAGCCUAGUUAUUGCACAAAUAAUUAUAUACAACAGGCGGGAAUACCGUUAAAAGUGAACCAUGUCCAGGAAAAAGACAAUGAAAGGCAAGGGGAGCUCCAAAAGCCCGACUGCAUCUCCGAACACGAGCAAAGACAGCGGGAAAAGUGGUAAAGGGAUCGGAGGUCCAUCCAACGGAUUGGUCUAUCCGAGCCGCCCCUCACUCAGCGACAGUAGGGAAUUUUAUGAUAUCACUUUUAAGGUGAUGUUGGUGGGAGACUCAGGUGUAGGGAAGACUUGCCUGCUGGUUCGCUUCAAGGAUGGAGCAUUCCUGGCCGGUAGCUUUAUUUCUACUGUGGGCAUUGACUUCAGGAACAAAGUGUUGAACAUUGAUGCGCUGAAGGUCAAGCUGCAGAUCUGGGACACUGCUGGGCAAGAAAGGUUCCGCAGCAUUACACACGCCUACUACCGUGACGCUCAUGCUCUCAUCUUGCUCUACGAUGUCACCAACAAGGCCUCCUUUGACAACAUCAAGGCAUGGCUGACAGAGAUCCAUGAGUACGCUCAGCAGGAUGUGGUGCUAAUGCUGCUGGGGAAUAAGGCUGAUGUGACACACGAGAGAGUGGUGAAGAGAGAGGAGGGAGAGAAACUGGCCAAGGUGUUUGGGGUGCCCUUCAUGGAGACCAGUGCUAAGUCUGGCCUGAAUGUGGAGCUGGCAUUCACUGCUGUGGCCAAAGAGCUGAAGCACAGGUCGAUGAAGGAGCCUGACGAACCAAAGUUUCAACUUCAGGAUUAUGUCAACAAGGAGAUGAAUAGUGCUGGCUGCUGCCACUCAUAAACCUGUCUUCUAAGUGUGUGUGUAUGGCCGAGGACACAAUGUCACUUAUGCCUGGAGCCAGCCCUGGUCCUCAUCCAAGUCAUCCCCCACUCAACUGCAGCUCCCUCCUGACCCACCUCUUCUUGCAUCUGUGAAUGUUUCUAAACUCCAUUUGUAGCUUUCACUGUCUCCUCAUUGUAAUUCCUCGUUUGGAUUCAUCAUUCAUGAUCCACUGGAGUCAUUUUGUGCAAUAUUACUAAGAAUGUAGGUGGUGUAUAUAUUUAAAUGAAAUGUAUAAUCUGGAGCUUUAUAGUUUGCAUUACUUGUAAAUGGUUGUCUUGUUGAUGCCGAUUUGAAAAUGACAUCAAGUGAUGUAGAAAAUCUAGAGAUAGUAAAGUAGCAGAAAUAGAAACUGUGGGCUGCUUAUGCAAUUCAAAUGUGUAUUGAAGCACUAUAAUAUCAAUAUGGACUGCCAUAACACUCUAUGAAAGGGUUUGUUUGAAUGUUGUUGUAUGUGUUUCUGUUGUACAGGGUGUAUAACAUCAUGUUAUAUUGAUAUUCUAGAGGCAAAACCUCUGUCCUGUAUUUUAAUACAGUGUUGUUCAGUAUACCUACUUAAUUUCAGAAAUGCUAUGAUUUCUCAAUAUCUUUCUUGUCAGGACCGUGGUAUUUUGAGGAGUUGCACUCCACAAAUCUGACCUUCGUAUCAAUUUACAACACUUUUUAGUUCACUAGAUUCAUAAUUCUGGAUGUAUAAAUAGAAAUGUAUGUAAUUGCCUAACGUAAAUUAUAUCGAGUUUCAUACUG